AUGUUCGAAAAUAUCCCGACAGUGCUUAGAGAUAUUGCAACCAGCUUGACUGGGCAAGGCCUCUUCACCUUUUUUGGUCUAUCGCUCUUCAUUUUACUAUGUCCUUGGUUUGGAUAUCUCAGGUUACCGUCCUCUAUGAGAUGGUGGCCAUCGAAGCCUAGUGGUCCACUUUCUGCGCUCCGAUUGAGUCUCAAGGGAUAUAUUGGAUCCAAGUCUAGCGAGGAAGGUUAUAGACAGAUCUCUAGUCAGGGACAACCAUUUGCACUAUGUAACCCGAGCUUCUACCCACAGGUCCUUCUACCACCAGAGCACAUUAGCUGGUUGCUCAGCCAGCCAGAGAGCGUCCUGUCCCACGAAAAGGCCAAUGAAGACGUCCACGCUCUCCCGUUUCUGGCCCCAGCGUUCAACAACUACGACCACUUAGAACUGAUUCGAGCCAUUCGUAACGACCUGACCCGCAACAUUGCAAGCACCGAAGACGCACUCCUAGAAGAGCUAGAACGCAUCACCGAUGAGGUUCUAGGUCCCGCUGGAGAUACAGCAUGGAGGGAGGUCUCUCUCACCCAAGCCCUGGACAAGAUAUUAUUUGCAGUAGGUUUACGGGUCUUCUUCGGACCCUCACUCGCCAGGGACCCAAAGUUUCUCUACUAUGUUAAAGCUUUCACACGUGUCACUGGAGCAUUAAUGAUCCUCGUAUCUCAAUAUGUCGCCUGGCCCCUCAAACCCCUCGUCGGGCUAAUCGCCGGUCUACCCAUCUACUACUACUGGAUUCGACUCAUCAUCCUCCUACACCCAGCAUUCAAGCAACGCAUCAAACACCUGAAAACAGACAAAGAAACCGCCCCAGCAGACCUAAUAACCUGGGUGAUUGACCUAGCAUCAUGUCAAAACCCCACAAAAAGCAUCCGCAUAAGCGCCCUAGUCGUCCGACUCACCCUUAUAGCCUUCCUCCCUAUCGACGUUCUGAUAUCCAUGACCCAAAACUUCCUCCUCGACCUCCUAACCUCCGACCCCAAAUUAGAAUACUCUGAAACCCUCCGCACCGAAGCCCAAACAGCAUUCACAUCCCCCCAAAAGUCAACACAUAUAUCGCAAAACAUGCCCAAAGCCGAAAGCGCAAUCCGCGAAAGCCUCCGUCUAAGCCCCCUCUCCGACCGCAUGCUCUCCCGCCGCGUUGUCCGGAGCGGUGGAGUCACCUUGCCCGACGGGCAGUUCCUGCCGUGUGGGACGUGGCUGGGCGUCGCAGCUGUGGGGGUUCAUAGGGAUGAGCGGAAUUACGAGGCUCCGGAUGAGUAUCGGCCGUUUCGGUUUGUAGGGAGGGAUGAGGAAGGAGGUGAGGAGGGGAAGGGGAAGGGGGUGUUGGUUCCGGUGACGAGUGAGAGGUUUCUGGCAUUUGGGCAUGGGAGGCAUUCUUGGUUAUUGGUUAUUGGGUACAUCUUGGUGAAUUAUGAGAUUGAGCCGUUGCGUGGUGGGAGGCCGGAGAAUUUCCUUGUUGGGCAGACUAUUAUUCCUCCUCUGGGGGUUAAGAUUCGGGUGCGAAGGAGGGGGUAG